UACACACAUGGGCAGCUAGCUUUUAGCUGUCGAGUGCUAGGACAGAUCAGAAUUUAACAAACUAAAGCUUUUACACAUUUUUUAAAAUUAUGCUGAAAUCUAAAACAUUCGUGAAAAAGACCCGGUCGGGUGGUGUGAUGAAAAUAGUGCGUGAGCAUUAUUUGAGAGACGAUAUUUGGUGCGGAAGCGAAGCUUGUCGUAAGUGCAAUCAGGAGAAUGGAGUUUUACAGAAAGACGCUGUUAUUGAAAGUUCUCUCUGCUCCUAUCCGCAUUAUUUACUGCCCGACACCAACGUGGUGCUUCACCAGAUUGACGUGUUGGAGGACCCCAUCAUUCGUAAUGUGAUUAUUCUUCAGACUGUACUGCAGGAGGUACGCCACCGCAGUGCACCGGUCCAUAAACGUGUGAAGGACCUUAUACACAAGAAAGAGAAACACUUCUACACUUUCACCAAUGAGCACCACAGAGAUACAUUCAUUGAACGUGACCCAGGAGAGAGUGCCAAUGACCGCAAUGACCGUGCAAUACGUGUGGCAACACACUGGUACAGCCAGCACCUGAAGACUUCAGAGUCUUCUGCAGAUGGGCCCAGGGUCAUCCUUAUCACCAACGACCAAAAGAACAAGCAGAAGGCAGAGGAGAGCAACUUGUUAGUGUACAAAUGUGAAGAGUACAUCAAGAGUCUGAUCGCAAAUCCUGAGCUGGUGGAUCGCCUGGCGUUGACUGAUGAUGAAAAGAAUGAGAUCAUUAGCAGAAAGGUGUUAUUCCCAGAGCACCUCCCUCUGUCCAGGAUCCAAGCAGGCAUCAAGAGUGGUUCCUUCCUGCAGGGCACCUUCAGGGCCAGCAGGGACAACUACCUGGAAGCCACGGUUUUCAUCCAGGAAGACGAUGAGGACAGUACAGAGGUUCUCAUCCAGGGUCUUCAGAAUCUCAACAGAGCUGUCCACCAGGAUGUGGUUGCUGUGCAGCUGUUGCCACGGGAUCAGUGGGUGGGACCCUCCGCGGUUGUACUGCAGGAUGACGGUACUGCAAAGGAUGAUAAGGCAGAAGAAGGGGAGGAAGAGGAAGAAGCGUUGAAGGUCUCAACAGCUGAUAUAGUUCGGAAACCCACAGGAAAAGUAGUCGGGAUCAUAAAGAGGAACUGGAGGCCAUACUGUGGAAUGCUCAAUGUCUCACAGAUCAAAGAGUCAACACGCCACCUCUUCACACCAGCUGACCGCCGUAUCCCCCGCAUUCGCAUUGAGACACGUCAGGCGUCCACAUUAGCAGGCAACAGGAUCAUGGUGGCCAUUGAUGGUUGGCCCAAAGACUCCAGAUAUCCAAACGGUCACUUUGUACGUAAUUUGGGAGGCGCCGGGGAGAAGGACACCGAGGAGGAGGUGCUGCUGCUGGAGCACGAUGUCCCCCAUCAGGCCUUCUCUCAGGCUGUGCUCAGUUUUCUCCCCAAGAUGCCUUGGGCCAUCACGCCAGAGGACAUGGCGAGACGAGCGGACCUGAGGCACCUGACGGUCUGCAGUGUGGAUCCGCCGGGAUGUACAGACAUAGAUGACGCACUGCACUGCAGAGAGCUGGACAAUGGAAAUCUAGAAGUGGGCGUCCACAUUGCUGAUGUCAGUCACUUCAUCAGACCUGGCAACGCUUUGGACAAAGAGGCAGCUAACCGUGGCACCACUGUCUACUUGUGUGGGAAGAGGAUCGACAUGGUUCCUGAGCUGCUCAGCUCCAAUCUUUGUUCUCUACGCUCUAAUGUAGAAAGGUUUUCUUUCUCAUGUAUCUGGGAGAUGAACCACAAGGCUCAAAUUCUAAAGACUUGGUUCACAAAAAGUGUUAUUAACUCUAAGGCUUCUCUGACCUAUGCUGAGGCUCAGAUGAGGAUCGAUGACACCACCAUGAAUGAUGACAUCACUAUGAGCCUGCGACGUCUCAAUAAACUCGCCAAAAUCCUUAAGAGGCAGAGGAUAGAAAAAGGAGCGUUGACAUUGUCAUCAUUGGAGGUGCGUUUCCAUAUAGACAGUGAAACCCAUGACCCCAUUGACCUACAAACCAAAGAACUGAUGGAGACCAACUCUAUGGUGGAAGAGUUCAUGUUGCUGGCAAAUAUUUCAGUCGCUCAGAAGAUCUACGAUGAAUUUCCAGAAUGCGCCCUGUUGAGGAAACACCCUGCACCACCUCCGUCGAACUACGACAUCCUCAGCAAAGCUGCAAAGUCCAAAAAUGUGGAGAUCCACAUGGACUCGGCCAAGGCACUUGCAGACUCCCUGGAUGCAGCUAAAGUGGAUGGCUUCCCAUAUUUUAACACACUGCUUCGAAUCCUAGCCACUCGCUGCAUGAUGCAGGCAGUCUACUUUUGUUCCGGCAUGGACAGCGAUUUCCACCACUAUGGUCUUGCUUCACCCAUUUAUACACACUUCACCUCACCUAUUCGGAGGUACUCUGAUAUUAUAGUGCACCGUCUGCUGGCUGUGACCAUCGGAGCAGAUAGCACCUACCCUGAUUUGAUGGACAAACAUAAGCAGUCCUCUCUCUGCAACAACCUCAACUACAGACACAAAAUGGCUCAGUAUGCACAAAGGGCGUCUGUGGCUUUCCACACACAGUUGUUCUUUAAGAACCGGGGCAUAAUGAACGAAGAGGGAUUUGUCCUGUUUGUGAGGAAGAAUGCCAUCAUCGUACUCAUCCCAAAGUUUGGCAUGGAGGGAACAGUCUUCUUUGAUGUCAAAGACAAGACCGUUCCUAAUCUUGUUUUUGAUGAAGAGGGUCCCAGUCUGAAGGUGCAGCAGCAUUGCUUCAGAUUGUUUGACAAGUUGAAGGUGACCAUCAGCCUAGACGACUCCAACAUUCAACACCAGAAGAUACGCAUGGCUCUGGUUGAGCCUGUGAUUCCUGGUGUGAGUGUUCCAGCCCCGGAUGUUGAACAACAGGCCAAGAAACCAAAGCUGGACUGCUAAGACCGAAAGCCACAAAGUUAUUUGUCAUCGGC